CACAGAGAGAGAGAGAGAGAGAGAGAGGGUGAAAGAGAGGCCGGAGAUGACAAAAUAAGCUUUCCAUCAAUCAAUGUCAGAGCUACAGAAUUCAUGUUACCUGCCCUUUGAGUUAAUUUGUGUUUGCUUUCUUUGGCUUUGGGUGCCCAUUAAAGCUACACUUGUGAUAUAUGGGUAAUGUAAGUGGGAAGAGGGGUGAGGAGGAGGUAGAGAGUUCUGGGGUCAAAAAUCAAGAGGAGGAAGAAGGAGAGUUGAUGGAGUGUAGUGCACAAAGUGGGCAGCUUCAAUUGCCUGCAGACCCCUCCAUGGUUCAAUCUCCUCCUCAUACUCCUAGGGCUUACUACCCUCCAGUGAUUUUCACUCCUCAGGCUCCAGUUGUUCCUUUGCAAUGGCCUGAUGAAAUAAUGCAAAACAGAAGUAGUGAUGAGGCUAAGGAAAAGACAAGAGAGUAUGGGGUUCCAACAAUGAUCACAUGGAGUCAUGGAGGAAAUGAAGUUGCUGUUGAGGGAUCAUGGGAUGACUGGAAAACAAGAGAACACUUACAAAGAACAGACAAGGAUGUCUUUGCCAUCAUGAAAGUGCUUCCAGCUGGGGUUUAUCAUUUCAGAUUUAUAGUUGAUGGACAAUGGAGAUGUGCUGCAGAUUUUCCACGCGAAUGUGACAAUUUGGGGAAUGUCUUCAAUGUGUUGGACUUGCAGGACACAAUUCCGGAGGUUCCAAACAACAGCAACUGGCCAGACUCCCCGCCUUCCCCCGAAUCAUCCUACAACUCUGCACCCUUCACAGCACAAGACUUUAGCGAUAAGGUGCCCGAUUUGCCCCCUCUCCUUCAACAAUCUCCACUAGACCAGUCCCCAUCUUCAUCCACCAGAGAAUGCAGCAGCCUGGAAAAGCCUUCAGCUGCAGUUUUGAACCAUCUGUUCAUCCAGAGAGGGCGCCGUGCCCAUUCCACAGUGGCUCUAACUUCAACACAUAGAUUCCGAGCAAAAUACGUGACAGUGGUACUUUACAAGUCCUUACACAACCUUAAAAAGUAAACACAAACAUGUUCUUGUUGGAUUACUAGGUUAGCAGAGCUCUUAGCUUCUUCAGUGUCAGGAAAAGUAGGAAAUUUUCCUCCAUAUUCUGGAAUUCCUUUUUUGUUUUGUUUUUUUUUUUUUUCACAUUAUAUAUAUAUGAUUACUAUAUGGAAUAUCAGCUACCCAUGAUGUUACUGUCGUUUAGAAUUGUGAAGCUUCCAUUACUAUGCCUUUGAAGAGAUAUAUAAAUGUAAAUCAGUAAAUGUGGUGAACCUGUGGCAGAAUGAAAUAUUGAAUGCUCAGAUCUUGA